CUAUGUUUAGCCACAAAUGGUCUUCUUAUUCCUCCCCAUUGAUUGUUUGGAGUCUGAUGGUUUUCAAGAUCAUAUAGCUGGAGGCAAUACUCCAUCUACGGCAGAUAACUCAAAACACAUGAGUUUGAUGGCUGCAACACAUUUUCAGAUUGCCUAUAAUAAGGUUUUUCAUCUAAAUCAGGUUUGAUAAAGAUCAGUUAGCUUCUUAUAUUUAUGUGGGUUUCACUCGAUUGUUAUUGAAGAUUCUGCAUGGAUGAUUCAAAAGCACAAAAUGUAUAUUUAAAAAUCCCAAACUGAAAAGCCCCAGUUAGUUUAUGCUGGCUAACAAAAUUAUCAAAAACUAUUACUAAAUUUAUGCUUAAAUUUUCCUUGAAGUUAUCAGAGAAUAAGUCCCAGUGGAAAUUUAUAGUAAACUAAAAGUGGAAUCAAAUCUCUCUUUCUCACUCUUUUAUACCGAACAAAGGUAGCUACUUGAUCCCUUCAUGUAUAUAUUUACAGAAAUAAGCUUCCAACAUUUCUAAAAUAAUGUGCUUUCC